AUGCGACGCGACGCGGUGCCGCCACCCACCGCCCCCUCAGCCUCCUCCUCGUCAUCCCUCUUCAGCGGCGGCGAGCAGCUUUUCGAGUUCGGGCCCAGCCCACUCGUCUUUCUGCCCCUACUCCUGAUCCAGGGCGGCGGCAUGGACCUCUCCCGCGUCGGCGAGAAACUCCUCAGCUCUAUCCGCUCGGUCCGCUCCCUCUACCUCCUCCCACCCACCCCCGCCGCGCCCCCUUCCUGUCUUGAGGUUCCAGAACGAGCUGCGGCGGCAGCAGCAGCUGCACGGGCGAUCGCUGGGUUGCCACCUCACGAGAGGAUCAAUCUGCCAUCCAAUUCGGAGGAUUUGGUCUCCAUCUAUGGGAGCAACCCCCAGGGCCAGGUCAUGGAGGAGCUCGAGGAGGUGUUCUAUGAGGAGGAGUUUGAUCCAAUAAAGUACAUUAUGCAAAGUAUUCCGGACGAAGGCAGUGAUGCCACCUAUUUCGAUGAGCAGUCUACGUUGAGAUUAGCGCAGCUUGACAAGAUUGCAGAAAGAUUGCCGCACCAUGUUAUGGGUCACCAUGAAGAAAUGGUGAAGGGGAUGCAGUUAGUGAUGGAAUUAGAACAAGACUUAAAAGUUGCAAAUGUAAUAUGCAUGAUUCCAGAGGACCACGGCGGCGGCCGGAUCGGGGUGGCGGCGCGGUUCGGUCGUCGCUGA